AUGACAGGGGGCCAGGACCUCGUAGUCUUUGCGACAGCGAGGGUCAACGAACCCAUCGUGCAGGGCGCCGUCGUUGAUGUCAAGGUAAAGUCCCUCGGCACUGCGGUGUACCACAAACGGUUCGACAUCUGUGAAGAGCUGGGAAAGAUGGGGCAACACUGCCCAGUGGCGCCCUCCGAUUUCCUCGUCAAUGGGACCUGGCCCAUCCCCAAGAAGGGCUUCCCUCAUGGUACUUAUGGUAUAAACGCAUUCGCCAGGUUUCCGGACGGCCGCCCCAUCUCCUGCGUCGAAGGAAAGGUCAAGAUGUGA